AUGAAUCCUUCACAACAACAACAACCUACAAAUUCUAAUAAUAAUAAUCAAUCACAAACACCUGUUAAUCAUCAAUAUGACGACUACGAAGAUGAUGUAUCAUUGCACCAAACUUAUCCUCCUAAUUCUAAUGAUCAAUCAUCGAAUAUAAACAAUAAUGAAUAUUAUGAUCCUACUCAACAACAACAAUAUCAUGAGGAUUAUAGUGGAUAUAAUUUGAAUCCCGAGGACUAUUUCGACGAUUACGAAUCAGAUCCAGAAGAUGGUGAAACUCAAGUUGAUCCAAUAGAGAAUAUGCUAAGAGAUGCAAGACCAGAUGAUCAUAAUGGAGAUGUAGCUGUCUUCUCUGAUGCUGUUCAAAAUGCAUUUGAAAAUUAUGAAAAAGAACAAGAUGAAAUGUUUGAACAAAUGCGUGAAUGUAUGCUUUUUAUGUCCCAAGAGUAUAGUACUGCUGAAAUGCCAAAUAAUCUAGUUGAACUAACACAAGAAAGUACAUUAAAUCCAGAUGCGACAGAAUUCCGCCCAUCAUGGUUGUCAUCACCAGCACAAGUAACAACAACAACAACCGAUACAGACUUUUUAGUAACGUCAUGGGCACCCUGCACAGUCGAAAAACAAGAAAAAGACUCGAUUAAUUCUUAA